AUGUCCGUUCCCGAGUCAGCCACCAACUUGUCGGGAAUUCUCUACCUAGAAAAUUUCGAGAACAGGGAGGACGCAAACCUUCGUCUGAAAAUGCUGCAGUCCGACAACUCGCAUUUAAGCUACAUGUCAAACGAGGUCUUUACCAGCGUCCCAUUCUCCUCCGCCGCUUCCCACGUGGACACUUGCGCAAGAGUCAGUGGUUUACUGCAAAACGAACAGAAGACACCCGACGCCCGCAAACUCCCCCUUCCUUCAGGCAAGUAG